UUAGAAUAUAAAUCAUAAUCUUUGUCCCCUUAGAAUAAAUAAUAAGACAAAUCCUGUUUUGUCCUUUUCCCUUACUAAACAAGAGUUAAAAAAAAAAAUAACAUUGCAUAAAAAUAAAAAGUAAAGACAGUAGAAGUAAAAAAAAAAAAUUAACAUUGGAGUCUCCGACUCUCUCUCUCGCGAAAGGCGAUAUCUCCGCCGUGUUCUUUCUCUGGUUGAAUCCGUUCGUCGGAGAGAUUGAACUCGUCAUCUCAUCACUCCGUCGUCGUAGUCACGCCUCUCCGUCGUCCUCACAUCUCUCCGUUGUUGUUCCAGUUUCUCUCCGUCUCUCCUCUUUGCGAACCACCGUCGUCGUCACUCUCCGCUGCAGCCGAUAGGGGUUCUUCAAGCCUCUGAGUGACCAUUUGCUUCACAUUGAUCCUCUUCUGCUCUUCCUACAUCUCGAUUCCCAAUUGAAAGGAAUGGCUUUACAGUUUCCAAAACGGAUUCUUGAAGAAGGAGCUGAGUGCAAGGUUGAUAAGAUUAACAACACUUGUAGACGUACACUUCUGGAAACGGUGAAGGAGGUUCUCAAGGAUGAGUAUGAUGAAGUUUGAAGGAUCCUGUCUUUGGUCCGAUUCUGGCAAUCGUAGACAACAAGCUCAUUUACUCAGGGAAGAUUGUUCACAGCUUCAUAUGCAAGCAGCUCAGGGUUUCCAAGCUUCAUGAGUUGUGGUUUCUGUUUGCAAAUAGGCCUCUCAGGUUUUCUAUGCAAGAGUUUUAUGCUGUCACUGGAUUGAAGUUCAGAGAAGAACCGGAAAUAGACUUCAAUAACUGGAAGAGUGAUAAGGGGUUUUGGAGCACAGUGCUGAAUAAAAACAGAAAGGUCAACUUGUUGAUGAUAAGGGAUGAGCUUCUCAAAGUCUGCAACCAGUGGUCGUAUGUCGACAGGGUGAGGCUAGUUUAUCUAUGUAUUAUACAUGGAUUCGUCCUUGCUAAGGAUUUGAGAGUGUUUAUUCCUCACGAGUUGAUUCGUUUGGUGAUGGAUUUUGAGAAAAUGAGGAUGUAUCCUUGGGGUCUUCGCGCGUUUGAUGAGCUCACUGCAUCAAUUUUCAAAGCAAGGGAAGAUUUGCAUCUGAAGAACAGCUAUGUGUUGGAUGGUUUCUCAUAUGCGUUUCAGAUAUGGAUUAUGGAGGCAAUCCCGGACAUCGGGUCUAUGGUGGGUACAAAGAAGAAGAAAACCCUGACCAAAGUGAGAUGUAGAAAUUGGACAGGCAGUGGAAAGGUAUCAUACCAAGAUAUCACCAGCCUAGAGUCACACUUUGACAAGGGAAAGCUGUUUCCGUUUAUAUCAUCUACUGGAAGCUCGACUGCGAUAGAUAAUCCUGAGUUCUUUAGGGAAGAUGAGAAGAAUGACGAAAGAGUCAGUCGCAUUGUUGCUCUCAUUGAUGCGAAACAAGACUGGAAGCAGUUCACUUGGGAAGUUGAGACUUUGCCUACAAAUAUGGACUUAUCUGAUCCAGAAGAGGAUGUUGAGGAAGCGGCUGUUGCAGAGGAACCGGCUGUUGGAGAGGAUCCAGCUGUUGAAGAAGAAGCAGCUGUUAUUGCAAAAAGGGGGAAGCGUAAGCUAAUUGAUCCUGGUGUCGAGUCUCGGAAAAAACAGCUGCUCUGUGAUCGAGCGGCUGAACAUAACAGUGGUGUCUCAGGUGAAAUGAAGACCUUCAUUGAGGGUUUGUUCAAGGCUUCUUUCACCUCAUUUACGGAGCUGGUGCAGAAGGACAUACAAGAGCGUUUUGACAAGUUUGACAAUGAUAUUACUCUGCUCAAGGAUAAGGUGUCUCAGAUUACAGAUCUUUCAGAUACAGUUGGAAAAGACAGAGCAUCUGAGAUUCCGAGUCCAUCAGCAACACUUGGGAAAGAACAAGAAAAAUCAUCACAGAGUCAGGAUCCUUUAGCAGCAAAGAGAAAAGCCAAAGGCAAGGCAGCUGACAGUGUGGAUCCUCUGCUGCUUCGUCGUAGUUCUCGGCCAGUAAGAAAGGAUGACAUUGAGAUGUUGGAUUUUUUGAAGAAUUUGACUCUAUCAUCGAACUAUGUAGAUGAGGGAUUGAAAUACCCCAAGGCAUUGGAGCCGUUUACCAAUCUCAUCCCUAGAAUUGUGAAAGCAGUUCAGUCUUCAAGCGGUCAGCAACUCAAGGUCAAUAAAUACACUGUCAGUUACGCCCCAAUGUCCGUACUAAACAGUAGUGCCAGUGAUUGUGGAGUAUAUGCCUUGAAGCACAUAGAAUGCCAUCUUCUAGGCUUGGACUUAUCUCUGGUGAAUGACGAAAACAUUCGUGAGGCUCGUCAAAAGAUUGCUUAUGACCUCUGGGAAGCUGCUAAUGAUCCAGUGCUUGUUUCAAGAAUGGCAAAGUUCACUCCUCCAAAGACAAUUACAAAUCCUCUUGUGGAACUUUAGUGAAGGUCUUUUAGUUAUGCCUUGUUUAGGAAGAAGAUUGUCAAUUGACUCUUUUAUUUGACUCUUUAAGUUGUUAUUUGACUGUUUUAGUUACUGUUUUAUUCUACUCAUUUGAAUGCAGAUUCUUUUAGUUAUGCAUGUAUCUGAGGACAUAAACUAAACUAGUACUGACACUUAAAAUUAGAAACCACUAAAUAUACCCUAAAUGACACUUAACUAAUACAAGCGAAUAUAGAAACCCCUAAAUAUACCCUAAAUGACACUUAACUAAGACAAGCGAAUAUAGAAACCCCUAAAUAUACCCUAAAUGACAGUUAACUAAGACA